GGAUCCAAGCGGCCAAUCGAUUUUGCCCUCGGUGGAAGUAGACCGAACCCCAACACCAACCCUGAUCAUGGAGAAGACCAGAAUGCUGUACGGGGUUCACGUUCCAGUUCGAAUCAUCCCGACGUCGACCAUGGCGAGCGUGAUAUGCGAAACAGAGGACGACUUCUGCAAAUUUUAUUUCCCCCUACUGGACCCCCGCAUCCCACCAGAGUCAGCAGAAUCUCUAACUCAAGCAGGGGUCAGGUGGUACAAUGUGGAUAUUGUAAGGGAGCGGGGUAUACCCGAGCUGGAGAGGAUAGCGGUGGUCCCAGGGAUUAGUGCGCUGAUUCUCCUGAACCUCAAUGAGAAGCUCAGGAGGGAGGAGAAUCUGCAGUCCGAGUUCAUUCUCAAGAUGCUAACGAAAGAAUGGAGAUCCCCCUCCCAGACUAACUCGUUAAUCCUGGCAGGGGACUGGAACCUGGCUCUCGACGAAGUCCUCAGUCCACAGUCUUCCGCAGCAGGCCGUAAGGAUGCACAGACAUUGCUGGACCUCGCAACGGAGCUUGAACUGGCAGACCCCUUCCGUCUGCUAUCUCCGGAAGACCCGGGGUACACCUGGACCUCGCACAUGCACCGGGACAGACGGCAAGUAACCAGACGACGCUUAGACUACUUCUUGGUAAGUAGUCAGGCAUUAGAAGGGGUGACAGCGGUUCAACAUAUCGCCCACCCACUCUCGGAUCACAAGCCAGUGGUAGCGGAAGUGAAGCUGCACAAUACCACCGAGAGAGGCAGAGGGUUCUUCAGGUUGAACUCUCAAAACCUGGAGGAUCCAAGCAUCGGCAGCUGGCUUGAAAAACACAUGAAGGCAUGGGAGUCCGUGAAACAGUACUUUGAUUCUACAGUCGAGUGGCUGGAUAGCGGGAUUGCAAUUGCCUCAGGAGUGAUGAACGUCUGCUCCAAGAUACUAGCCAGAAACAGAAAUCAGAGGGAUGCAGAGUGCAGAAGGAGAGUGGAAGAGGCGGAAGAACAGAUGGAGGGACAUCCCAUCUCGACCAUGGUGUGGGCAGCGGAAAGGGAGAAGAGGAUGGCAGAAUGGGAGAGCAUCCAGGCAAACAAAGAACGGAGAUGGGCGGAAGUUCUCAAGGAGAAAGGGAUAGAGGUGCAUGACAAGAUGACGAAAGAGACCUUUCAAAGGCUUCAACCAAGGCUGCUGCAACAGCAGAUGGUGGAACUUAGUCACCCGUUCGAUGAAAGGGAACCAAGGGCCUCUUCUGCCUCAGGCCUACUGGAAUAUGCUAAGCUUUAUUAUGAAGACAUCUUGACUACCCGGCGGCCCCAAGACGACUUUCUCACAGACCUAUCAGAGAACUCGGACAUGUGGGAGGACACAACGGUCUCGCUGCUAAUAGCAGCAAGAUUAGACCUGGGCAGACCGGUUACGGUAGAAGAAACAGCCCAAACGCUGAAGUCGAAGGCAACAGGGAAAUCCCCCGGAGUGGAUGGCCUAACGGUGGAGUUCUUCCGGAAGAACUGGACCAUCUUUGGACCAGCACUUAUAGAACUAUACAACAAGGUUCUGUCAGACGGGAAGUUGGGGAAGGGAAUGACACACGGGGUUAUCGCAGUGUUGUUCAAGAAGGGAGACAAAGCAGACGUUAAGAAUUGGCGCCCAAUCUCACUUCUGAAUGUCUCAUAUAAGAUCCUAGCCAAGACAUUGGCAAGGCAACUCGGCAGGUAUCUGCCUGACCUGGUCGGGGGGGACCAGGGAGCCUUUGUACAAGGCAGAUCAAUCUUCAACAACAUCAUCACUGCUAUCGAAGUCCUGGAAGUGGUCCAAUCGGAGAAUCUGGAUAUGGUGGUCCUUCUCAUUAACCUAGAGAAGGCGUACGACAAGAGGCUUCAGCUAUGCUUUGCAAUAGGGUGCGGUGUGCUUCCUCGGUCGACGCUACGUUGGUGGAUGAGGCGGAGAACCGGCGGGACUUGGGAGGAUUUGCGGCUCAGAGAUGACGCGACGAACAACUACUUCCGGGAAAAGCUCCGCAUGUCGAGGAGAGUUUUCAUGGAGAUCGGCGAAGCCUGUGCACCUCUCUUGCAACGACAGGUGAUGUUCUACAAGGAGCCACUUCCGCCGGAGCAGAUCGUUGCCUAUGCGUUGUACAGGUGGGCUUCAGGAGAGUCAUACGACAACAACACCUCAUCUUUCAGCAUAGGUAGGGCUUCCAGAAUUAUGGCCGUGCGCGAUGUGACAAACGCUUUGUUGAGGGUCUAUGGGGACAGGAUAUCGUGGCCGACGGGGGUGCGGAAACACGUCGUGCUGCGGGCGUUUCUGGACAAGGGCUUUCCAAACUGCCAUGGCGCAGUUGACUGCACACAUAUCUACGUGGACAAACCGACGAACGCGCCCGGCGAGAACUACUUCGACCGCAAGCACCGUUUCUCCGUCAUUGCGCAGGUGGUGGUGGACCUGGAUCUGCGUGUGCUAGACGUGUUCGUUGGAUAUCCGGGGAGCUGCCACGACAUCAGGGUGAUCCAACUGUCGAGUCUGUCGAGGCGCGCAGAAGAGGGAGUGCUUUUUCGUGGCCCGCCUGUGACGCUGCUGGGGGGGGGGAGAACGAACGGAUACAUCUUGGGCGACAACAGGUAUCCUCCUUCUGAAUGGGUAGUGGUGCCGUAUGGAGUAAUCAAUCAGCACCCGGACGAGGAAAGGUUCGACACGAAGCAGAAGGUCGCAAGAGGGGUUGUGGAGAGGGCGUUCGGGAGGUUGAAGGGGAUGUGGAGGUUCUUCCUGCGGACACACAAGACAAACCUGGAAACUCUACCGCGGCAGUUCACGGCAGUCUGCAUUCUCCACAAUAUCCUCCUUGAUGCCGGUGUGGAGUUCAACGAGAAUUUGUUGUGGGAGGUUGACGAGAACGGGGUGCCGGCGAUGAUAACGACGCAUAGAUUUCGUACAUCCAACGAAGGGCCGCUUACAAAAGCAAAAGAUGUGAAGGACACGACGAUCGCUAUUAACCCAUUCCAUACAUGAGACAUCCACACGGAAAAGAACAAAACCAACUUUGAGCG